CAAUCAGGACGUUCUACGCGGCGCGAAUUCUGACAGCUCUUCCAAGCCAGCCUUAUGGGAUAGCGCAGUAUCCACCGUGUCCAGUGGAUCCAUACUGCAGACUCCAAGCGGAAACAGUAGUGCAUCCGGGCAUUUCUCGCCUACUGUUUUAUGAAUACUGAGAAUUCGGACAUACUAUUUUGGUGUACUGCUUUUCGCCUACUGUGUAGUAGGGUAAAAGGGAUAUGUCCGAAACCGCUCCCUAUCUCCUACAUAGUGCACAAUAUCGUGUGUCGGCCAUUUUGUAGUGGUGUGCGCAUUCUGAUUGAUUUGGAACGCUCCCCAUGUCGUUUCUAGCUUCACCGCGCAGGAAAUAUGGAUGAUCAGACGACCCCUGUUCGCCAGCAGCAUAUUUUUAACGUAGAGAAACUGCAUCGGUAUUUGACAGGGAGACUUCACAGCGUUUCUGAAAACACAGAAAUUUCUGUGCGGCAAUACAGGUCUGGUCAGUCCAACCCAACAUUUCUCAUCCAAACUCCAAAUAAGAGCUUUGUACUGAGAAAGAAACCUCAUGGAUCUUUGCUUCCUGGUGCUCAUAAGGUGGAUAGGGAGUAUGUUGUACAGAAAGCCCUGCACUCCACUGAUUUUCCUGUUCCUCAGCCUCUGCUUUUCUGCUCAGACACAAAUGUUAUUGGCACAGAGUUUUACAUCAUGGAGCAUGUUCAGGGCCGUAUAUUUCGAGACCCAAGGCUACCAGGCAUCAGUGCAACAGAACGCAGUGCUCUGUAUGUUGCUGCAGUUGAGGUGCUAGCCAGACUUCACUCUGUAAACCUCACCACACUCGGCCUAGUAGGAUAUGGGAAAGGGGCGGGCUAUGCCAAGAGACAGGUGUCCACGUGGACAAAGCAGUAUAGAGCCUCAGCCAACAGAAGCAUUCCAGCUGUAGAUGAGCUUUCUGAUUGGCUGAGCAACAAUUUGCCAUCCACUGAUGACCAAGUGACCCUUGUACAUGGUGAUUUUCGAAUUGACAACCUGAUAUUCCAUCCAUCAGAGGCCCGGGUGCUAGCUGUAUUGGAUUGGGAGUUAUCCACAACUGGGCAACCACUCGCAGACCUGACUUACUUCCUCAUGCCCCAUUACUGCCCCUCCCAUCUCAAUAUGAUAACUGUUCAGGGUGGAGUUACAGGGAUAGAGGGCAUCCCUCCUGCAGAAGACUUGAUCUCCAUUUACUGCCAAUGCUGUGGAAUCUCUCCUUCACUCCCACAUCAGAAUUUCUUUAUUGCCUUGGCCAUGUUUAAAAUGGCCUGCAUUGCACAGGGUAUUUAUGCCAGGUCUUUGCUGGGGAAUGCCAGUGCUCCUAAUGCAGCUCAGUUUGGUGAGAGCGUGGAACCUUUAGUUAAGCUGGCUUUGAAGAUCGCCCACAGCUCCUCAUUGGCUGUACAAGUUCCUGAUAGGUUAUUUCUCCAGUCUGCUAAAGGUUAUGAUGUCCUCCAGCAAGUUAAAGAGUUCAUGCAACAACACAUACUGCCCGCUCAGAAGGAAAUUACAGAGUACUAUUUCAAACACUGCGAUGGCCCUGAGAGAUGGCAAACACCUCCUGUGCUGGAGGAACUAAAGGCAAAAGCUUGUGCUGCUGGGCUGUGGAAUCUGUUUCUGCCUGCAGUGAGUGGACUAUCUCAGCUGGAUUACUCCUACAUUGCUGAGGAAACUGGACGAUGCUUCUACGCUCCUGAGGUCUUCAACUGCCAGGCUCCAGAUUCGGGGAACAUGGAAGUGCUGCAUCUGUUUGGUUCUGAGGAACAGAAAAAGCUCUGGCUAGAGCCCUUACUGCGAGGAGACAUACGAUCCUGCUUUUGCAUGACUGAGCCAGAUAUUGCCUCAAGUGAUGCGACUAACAUGGAGUGUACCAUGUACAAGGAUAAAGACCACUACGUCAUCAAUGGCAAGAAGUGGUGGAGUAGUGGUGCAGGCAACCCUAAGUGCAAGAUCGCCAUAGUCAUGUGCAAGAGCAAGGCUUCUGAUAGUAUGAGCAGACAUGGUCAGCACAGUAUGAUUUUGGUUCCUAUGGACACACCUGGUGUGAGGAAGAUCCGACCUCUUACAGUGUUUGGACAAGAUGAUGCAUGUCAUGGUGGCCAUUUUGAGAUACACUUUGACAAUGUACAUGUUCCUGCAAACAACAUUCUUCUGGGUGAGGGUCGGGGGUUUGAGAUAGCUCAAGGCCGGCUAGGCCCGGGUAGACUGCACCACUGCAUGAGGGCAGUUGGACUGGCAGAGCAGGCACUGGAGCUGCUGUGCCAAAGAUCUGGUAGCAGAAGCACCUUUGGCAAAAAACUGUACCAACAUGAGGUGGUGGCUCAUUGGAUAGCAGAGUGUCGCAUUGCUAUUGAGCAGGUGCGUCUACUAGCUCUUCAUGCAGCUUAUAUACUUGACACACAGGGGAACAAGGCUGCAAGGAAACAGAUUGCAAUGAUAAAGGUAGCAGCUGGCAGGAUGGCUUGUAAGGUGGUGGACUGUGCCAUUCAGGUCCACGGGGGUGCAGGAGUAUCUGAUGACUUCCCCCUUGCACAGAUGUAUACAUAUGCACGAACUCUGCGUCUAGCUGAUGGUCCUGACGAGGUUCAUCUGUCCUCCAUCGCCCUAAUGGAGCUCAGGGAUCAGCUCAAACGAAUUCCCGCUAAACUUUAAACUAACCACUACUGAAAACUUAUGAAAACUUAAUUCACUUUAGUCAAAUUAUAUUACUCAGCAUAAAAUUCAUAAUUCUUUACUAAUAUAAGUAAUUUAUUCAUAUUGGCUUAAAGCAUUGUAAUGAUAAUGCAGAUACAGUGGGCCCCAACAGAAGCAAGAGAAAAUGCUUCUAUUUUACAUUCUUUUCAAAUUAAAUACAAAAAUUUUCAUUACAAAUUUAUAUUAUUGACCACAACGGAGUGUUGUCUGAACAAUAGAAGAGAUUAGGUGUGAAGAAAAUCUGACCAUUUGUGCAACGAAGUAAACAUGAUCAAUAUCCCAAACUUGCUUACAUUUAAAUAGGGCCCUAGAAAGAGUACAGACUCUGAAAUAUUAAAUAUUCAAGAUAUUGAAAAUUUACUUUCUUUAUUUUAAAUAUUUGAAAAUUCUAAAAAAGAAAAAAAAAAGUCAAUCAUGUGGCAUUAGCACAAUGCAUAAAAUCAUGCAGAUACAAGUCAAGAGCUUUAAUUAAUGUUCACAUCAAACAUCAGAAUGGGGAAAGAAUGUGAUCUCUGAUACGUUAACCAUUUAAACUGGACAGUUGAAGAUUAGGGAAAAAAAAUAAAUAAAUCACCUGAACUUUUUCCAUUCUUUAACUGACCAGUUUCGCAACUCUGUGAUAGCCUCACAUUCUUGCUCUUGGCUGACAGAAGUGGAACACGGUGUGGUCUUCUGCUGUUGUGUUGUUCUGUUGUGUUUAUAACCACAGUUAUAAAGAGUGAUUAUAUGAGUUACUAUAUCCUUACUGGCAACUCAAACUAAUCUGGCCAUUUUCCUCUGAUCUCUCUUAUCAGCAAGGCAUUUCCACAGACACUGUUGCUCACGCAAUGCUUUCACCAUUCUGUGAAAACUCUAAAGACAGUUGUGUGUGAAAUUCCUUGGAGAUCAGUAGUUUCUGACCUACUGAAGCUAGCCCAUCUGGCACCAACAACCAUGCCAUGAUCAAAGUCACAGAGGUCACACUUUCUUCAUUCCGAUGUUUUUUAUGUAAGCAUUAACUGAAGCUCUGGACCUGUAUCUGCAUGAUUUAUUUUAUUUUAUUUUUUUGCAUUGCGCAGCGACCACCUGAUUGUCUGAUCAGAUAACUGCAUGAAUGUGCAGAUGUUCCUAUUAAAGUGGAUAGUGAGUGUGUGUGUGUGUGUGUGUGUGUGUGUGUGUGUGUGUGUGUGUGUGUGUGAGUGUGUGUGUAUAUAGACCAAUCAGCCAUAACAUUAAAACCAAUUGCCUAAUAUUGUGUAGGUCCCCCUUGUGCCCCCAAAACAGUUCUGACCUGUCAAAGCAUGGACUCCACAAGACCUCUGAAGGUGUGCUGUGGUAUCUGGCCCCAAGAUGUUAACAGCAGAUCCUUUAAGUCUUAUAGGUUGCUAGUUGGUGCCUCUAUGGAUCGAACUUGUUUGUCCAGCACAUCCCACAGAUGCUCUAUCAGAUUGAGAUUUGGGGAAUUUGGUGGCCAAAUCAACACCUUGAAAUCAGUUGUUUGAUAUCCAUGAGAGCAGAGUUUUUUUGUGAUUAUAACCUUUUGAUCCUUUGUUGAAAAACAAUCAAUGCAUCAUUUUACAUUUACCAAUACUAGAAUAGCCUAAUGAAAAGCCUACAGUGUUGAUCAAUACAACCAAUAUAAAUAUUACAGUAUAAAAUCUUGUGAUAAUAAACAGAUUCCGCAACUGUGCAAAUGUGAUGUGCUUAUAGAAAUAAAUAUGUAACCGGUCCUUUUCAGAUCACUGAUGACUCAAAAACUGUGAAUAAAAAUAAAAAUAAUAAUUGAA